AUGGCACUCUACUCUUGUCUUUUGUCUGGCAUCAAGGAGUAUGCCAAGACCCAUGUCCGAACCGAACCUCCGAAUCAUGCGGAGCUUGGCGCCCUGGUCUACUCGGGCAAUGUGGACAGCAAGCACGACGACUUCAAGACGGUCGCCUUGCAGUGCAUGGCACAGGCUGGCGUAGUCAUUCCUCUGGGGUAUCCAGGAGAGUUCGCUGUAACCUUUCCUCACGUCGCGGUGCAAGCGGAGGCGCUUCUUAGGGGACACCCUCUUCCCCCCUUCCCACGACCCAUUCCGGCUCAGACUGCAGCUGCGUCUCAGCCCUCUCCUCCUCCUACAUCGACCCCUCAGCCACCUGUCGGAACCGUCUCGAACACGACCGGGCCUCCUCCUGCUCCUAUUAAGGAGGUCCCCAAGAGCGAGGCGACUUCGCAUCCUCAACUGCGUCCACAGCAGUCUUCUGGCGGCACACCCUCAGGCCCCAAAUUCGCAUGGAGCGGAGGAGGUGAGGGGGUUGAAUACAAGCUCGGCCCUGAAGCCGUUGAGUUGCUGCUUGCACGUGGGAUGCUACUGCACAAGGUAGAGAAGGACGGAGAGGAGGAGAACCUAGGAUAA